AUGAGGAUACGACAACGACAAGCGCAGCUCCUCCUUCUCCUUCUUCCGGCAACAGCCCUUGCCCUCUCUUCCUCGACCUCGGACUCGACCUCGGACCUCGUGGAUGAUUCGCUCAGCGGAUCAGCAAAGGCCAAAUAUGACAUUGGAACCAAGGAUGCUCCCGUUGAUGGCAAGGACGGCAAGCCCCACGAGGGCCCCUUUGUCGACACGAAGCUGACCGAGUCAUCGGGCUCAAAGAAGGAGCUUCCUGUGGUGGAGGAUAUCAAGCUCGAUAGAUCGGCCUCAAAGAGCAAGGACUCGACCGAUCCCGAUAGCGUCAUGGACGAUCCCCUACACACGCCUCCCAAGAAGGGCACAACAGGCACAGAGGGAGGUGUCACCGAAAAGGACAAGGCCAGGAUUGCAGAGGAAAGAAUCACUGGAGAAAAGGCCGAGAAGAUCCCUGAAACGCCAAAGGAAGCCCCUCCUCUGCCACACAGCGAGCAUGAGAAGAUCGUCAGCGGCAAGGAGAGCAGCAAGGACGUGACUUUGGACAAGUCCAAGGGAUCAAAGAUUGAUGCUCACCUCGAUCACUAUGACGUUUCUGGAUUGGAAAAGCCCGAGGACCUGCCCGACAAGCUUCGUGACAGUCCCAACCCCGUACCGCACUCUGCUGACAAGGACCACCUCGAUGUCACGAAGCCGUCCAAGUCGACUCCCAAGAAGGACUGGAAGAUGGACGAUGAUGGAAAUGAGGGUCUGAUCCAACCUUUCCACUCUUUUGUUCUAUCUCUGGCCAUGAUUCUGGUCUCCGAGAUUGGUGACAAGACCUUUUUGGUGGCUGCGCUCAUGGCUAUGAAGCACGACCGGAUGCUGGUCUUCUCGGCAGCCUACGGUGCUUUGGUGGUCAUGACGGUUCUCUCCGCUGUUCUCGGACACGCAGUUCCCACGCUUAUUCCCAAAAAGUUUACGUCUUUCCUUGCCGCUGGACUCUUCCUUGUCUUUGGAGUGCGUCUUCUUCGUGAGGGCAUGGCCAUGGACCCCAACGAGGGUGUUUCUGCCGAGAUGCAGGAGGUUGAGCAGGAGCUGCAAGAGAAGGAGCACCUAGCUAUGAAGCAGGGCCGACGCCGAUCUUCCAUCAGUGCCUACGCUGUGGAGGGUGGUUACGGGCGCAAGUCUAGAUCGCAGUCCCGUUUCACUCCUCCCCGUAGUCCCUCGACAUCCCCGGCUAGGAGCCCCUCUCCUCGUGGAGGAGUAUUGGGUAAUGUUGGUGGUGGACUCUCGAACCUCUUCUCCCUGCUGCUCAGCCCGGCCUGGGUUCAGACUUUUGUCAUGACCUUUUUGGGAGAGUGGGGCGAUCGAAGCCAGAUUGCGACCAUUGCCAUGGCUGCCGGCCAGGACUACUGGUGGGUGACUUUGGGAGCUAUGGUCGGACACGCUUGCUGCACAGGUGUAGCUGUUCUCGGCGGAAAGGCAAUCGCAGGCAAAGUCAGCUUGAAGAUUGUCACUGUCGGAGGCGCUGUCGCGUUCUUGGUGUUUGCAUUUAUCUAUUUCAUUGAAGCCUUCUACGCGUAG